AGUGGACCAUCCUUUACUUUCCCGUGGGUGUCAUAAGAGGCGACUAAGGAAACUUAAUGGACGAGAGAUGGACAGCGGCAUUCUUCUCAAAACAUCAUCAAACCUAACUGUGGUUGUCAACCCGCUUGCCAAGCGUGGCAACUAUUGGCAUAACUUCCCAAUCUAUGGGGAAAGCCUAUGUUUACCAGUGGGCACAUAAAUUUAUAUUUGGGUCAGUACUGGCUACCAAAGAGCACAAGAAUGUAAAUAAUUAAAUGAACUUUUUACAUCGGAUUCUGUGCAGGGAAAACCGCAGAAAAUUAUUAAAGUUAUUGCAUAAGGAUAUGAAUAACUAUAGUAUUACGAACAAAUUACACACACCCACAGUACACUGCAGUGGAAACCGUUCAAGCGUGUACCCGCUUCUCAGUAGUUGAGGAGCGAUGUUGUUAAAUAAAUAAUACCUUAAGAAGUGUAUUUAAGUGUUCAAACUUCAAGAACAGACAUAUUGGUGUUAAAUUUGUUAUAUAAUGAACAGACCUGUUUAUUAUUAAUUAUAUAUUUAUUGACGAAUAAUCACGCGCGAUUUUUAAAUAAAGUUGAUUAAAGAUGUUGGCGAAACAAAAAACUUGUAUAUAUUUGGCUUUAUUAUCUUUUUUAUCAACUAACGAAGCCCUAAGGAUCUUAGUGUCGUUCCCACUGCCAUCGCCAAGUCACAGCUUGCUGGGCAAAGGUGUGGUGAAGCAUUUAUUGGCUGCUGGCCAUGAGGUCGUUUAUAUUACGUCAUUUCCCGAAGGAAGAACAAAUCCCAACUUGACGGAGGUCAGCGUUGCUCCUUUAAAAAAUAGAAUUGAAGAACAAUAUAAAGAUGAGAGGAUAAAAAUCAAGCAAUUAGUGGGCAAAGGAAAUUGGGGAGACAGCAUUGUCUUUUCAUAUUUUACAUAUAUGUAUCACAAAUCAUUUCUAGAGGAUUACAAUGUAACAGAGUUCUUGUCUGACCCUAAACAAAAAUUUGAUGUGGUUUUGUUGGAAUGGUUCUUCUUCGAUGCUAUUGCUGGUAUAGCGCCACUAUUUCAAUGUCCAUUAAUAUGGAUCGGUUCUACAGAAGCUCACUGGCAAAUACUAAGGUUAAUAGACGAAAUUCCUAACCCAGCAUACAACUUGGACUUAUUUUCUACCCGAAAAGUCCCGUUUUCAUUUUGGGAGAGAAUAGCGGAGCUCUAUAUGUUAGUGAAAAAAUAUAUAAUUAAAUAUGUAAUUUUCGGUUUAUUUGAAAGGCGAAUUUAUCAUAACGUAUAUUCAUCAAUAGCGAAAAAAAGAGGUAUCAAUAUGCCCCCGUACGACGAAACAGUGUUCAACGCAUCUCUAGUACUCUUGAACUCGCAUCCCUCCAUGGGAACACCGUUCAGACUAACACAAAAUGUCAAAUAUAUCGGUGGAUACCACAUUGAGGAGAAAGUACAGCCGUUACCGACGGAUUUAUUAAAACUCAUGAACAAUGCUAAACAUGGUGUCAUAUACUUUAGCAUGGGAUCGAAUUUAAAAAGUAUCGACAUGUCGGACGACAUGAAGAGCUCAUUGCUCGCUAUGUUCUCGAAACUAAAACAGGACGUAAUCUGGAAAUUUGAGGGAGAUUUAGAACAUUUGCCUGCUAAUGUUCAUCUCGUUAAAUGGGCGCCACAACAAGGCAUUUUAGCACACCCCAAUUUACGAAUAUUCAUAACACACGGAGGACAAUUGUCGACUGCAGAAGCUAUACAUUUUGGUGUACCAAUCAUAGGAAUACCAGUGUUAGGCGACCAGUACGUAAACAUGAGGUCUACUGUUGAUAAAGGAUUUGGGAUUGGAGUCGAUCUGACAGAGAAUAUUGCCAGUGACUUGAUCAUUGCUAUAGAAGAAAUGUUGGCUAAUCCACGCUACAAUAUCAGAGCAAAAGAAAUAUCAGCCAUAUACCACGACCGGCCGGUGUCGCCGGGCCGCGAGCUGGUGCACUGGGUGCGGCACGUGGCGAGCACGCGCGGCGCCGCACACCUCCGCUCGCCUGCGCUGCACGUGCCGUGCUACCAGAAGUACUACCUCGAUCUGAUCGGUGUAUUUGUUGCUACAACCGCUUUAAUCAUAAUACUGGCUAGAAAAUUUAAGCAGUCUUCCAAUAUUGUGAAAAAGAAGAAAACAAACUAAGCCUUUCUAAUCUUAGACAUAGAGUAGAAAUUUAAGUGACGUAAUAAUAAUUUGUGUUCCACAAAAAAAAAAAAACAGGCUUCAAAUGUGGCAAAAAAUAAUCUAUUUUUAUUUAAAAACUAGACUAUCGGGACGAUUUCGAUAAAAUUUCUAUAGGAGCAAUCUAAAAGUAUAUCCAUUCAGAUAAAAAAAGAAUUUCAAAAUCGGUUUAUACAUAAAUAACGUAAGUAACAAACAUAAAAAAUACAAUCGAACUGAGAACUUCCUUAUUUUAUAAAGUCGGUUAAUAAAUAAAUAAAAAUAUUUUAUAUUCUAACUUAAUAUAUAUAUAUAUAUAUAUAUAUAUAUAUAUAUAUAUAUAUAUAUAUAUAUAUAUAUAUAUAUAUAUAUAUAUAAGCAUUUUCAAUAGUAUUUUUUUACGAAUUUUCAAUAAAUCAUGAAUACAGAAAGAUAAAAAAUUAUAAAUGUCAAAGUUUGUAAAGAAACUUGUUGAAAAAAGAAUGUACCUUAGACAGAAAAUAACCAAAAGUAACAUUUAUAAUAAAUUUCAUCCUGAUUUUGUGAAUAAAGACGCGGAGUAAUACAUUUAAUGAAACUACUAUCUACGUGCCAAAUCGUUUAUGAGGUAGGCAGAAAGGAACGAAUGCUAAAGUCAUCUAAAACAUGCUUCAAUCAUAGGUUUAAAAUUAAAUGAUAGUUUAUCGAAGGUAUUGUGUUGUAGACCACUAAUAAUUGUAGAUCACCAGAGGGAGACUUUGUACAAAAGUCGAUUGCUUGGGUACCUCUGUGCCAUUCGUGUUUCUAGCGUGAAGCAGUUGUGUUUGCAUGGCUGUUUCGGUUUGAAGGGUGGGAUAUAGCUCCUCCUCAGAAUGGUAACGCAUGGGGGGGAAACAGUAUACUCUGUUAUGUCCAUGGUACUGCUCAUAUCUAUAGGCGACAGUUACCACUUUCCAUCAGGUGGGCCGCCAGCUUGUUUGCCAUUCUAAGUUGUAUAAAUAAUAACUAAUUUAUUUUAGCUUUAGAGAUAGAAUAAAAAUUCACUUGAAAAUCGACCUUAAAUAUAAUAAUGUUUGAAUUGAAAUUAAAGUCUGCAAAUUCUGUUCAAUAUUCUUUAUUUGAAUAGAUACGAACAAAACUAUAAUAAAUCACAAAUUAAUAAUAACUAACAAGAAAUAUUAAAGUAUUCAUAAUAACUAGUGUUUUCUUUAACAUAUGCCCGAAUGUUUUUAUAUAAUAUUGUUAAUUAAUUUUGGUAAUAAUCCAUUAGGAUUUAUGCGAGUCAUAGACUCACAAAAAAAUUGAUGAUUACACAUAUUACUUCUACUAAAUUUAAUUUAGAAACAAGUAUUCUUAAUCUAAGUAAACUAGGAAUAUGACGGAGUCCAAGGAAAUCCGCUUAAAUCUAUGAUAUCGUUGCCGAAGUGUAUUUAAAUGCACCUUUGCAUAUCGCUCGCUCCCUCAAACUCGCCUACUCUUUUUAAGAAUACCUAUUUCUAUUUUUUUUAACCUACUUUAUAAAUGAACAGAAUUGUGAUUAACCUAAAUUUCAUUUUCAUCCCAUAAAAAAAAACAUGACAUUCUAGUAUCGAUCAUUGUGAUCGAAAAUAGUUUAGCAAAGAUACGACACAUACCUAUUCAGUUGAUCAAUAAAGCACCUUAAAAUACAAUUAAAACAAAGUUUAAUUCCUUAUUUAUAUACUUAUAUGAUUUUCAACAGCUUCUUUCUAUAAUAAGAAAAAAACCUUUUCAUGAAAAUUCUGUUUUCUUAAAGCUUACAUUCUUAUUCACACAGUUGUUGUAUGGUCAACCAUGAGAAAAUUAUAAUGAACCUUAUCGUAAUCGCAAUAAAAUCGAGUUACAAUAUACAAAAAAAAA